AUGGCGCUCUUUUCUUCCCUAACCCCAGUCUUUAUAGCCAUUAUAUGUGUUCUGAUUGGGGUAAUACUGAAGAAGACUAAUGGAGAGAAGGAAAAACGUGAGAUUAAAACCAAGCCUCUAUCUCGCCCAUGGGUGGAUGAAGAUUUAAAAGAUGGCACUGACAACCACUUAGAGGAAGAAGAGGUUGAUGAAGAUUGGCAAGGACUUGAUGAAGAUGUUGCCCACAUCCCCUUCUUUGCAGAGCGCUACUCUGAGGCUGAAAUGAUUAAAAGGUCACAGAUGUUUUACGAGCUUCUUAGUAAGAGGCGAUCUGUCAGGUUUCUCAGUGAUGAGCCAGUCCCCAAGGAGGUUAUCGAUAAUGUCAUCAGAGCAGCAGGUACUUCACCCAGUGGAGCGCACACUGAGCCCUGGACCUUUGUGGUAGUGCAAGAUCCACACCUAAAACAUAAGAUUCGUGAGAUCGUAGAAGAAGAAGAAGAAAUCAACUACAAAAAAAGGAUGGGAGACAGAUGGGUUAAUGACCUGAAAAGACUGAG